GCAGGAGGAAAAUGCGGCCUUCCUUAGCAUUAAUUAUUGAAAACAGUACAAGCAGCAGUCUGAUCCUGAGACGACUACGGGAAGCGGAAGGCGGCGUUGCUUAGCAACCAGGGGGCCAAACAAGCGCGAGCAGCAGCUGAGGGCAUAUUUUGGCGUGUUAGCAUUUUAGCUAGUUAAACAUCGUUUUUUAUGUUUAGUAUAUUGCUCUGAUCUCAAUAGUUGUAUCUUUUUUUUUUUUUUUAAGUAUAUUGUCUAAAUUUUCCUACAAGUCAAAUGGCAGGCAAGAAAAAGGAGGCAACAUUGCAGGCUUCUGUCACAAACCAAGAGCAGUGGGAGGAGAUGCUUGCAACUAAGGGUUUAACAGUCGUAGAUGUGUAUCAGCAGUGGUGUGGUCCCUGUCGUGCUGUGGUUAGUCUCCUGCGAAAAGUAAAGAACGAACUGGGUGAUGACUUGCUGCAUUUUGCCACAGCUGAGGCAGACAGCAUUGAUGCUUUGGAGAGGUAUCGAGGGAAAUGUGAACCUACCUUCCUCUUCUAUGGGGGUGGGGAGCUGGUGGCUGUACUGCGUGGCGCAAACGCUCCUAUUCUUCAGAGGAUGAUUGUGGAGGAGCUGGCCAAUGAGAAGCUGGUCCUAGAGCAAAGUGGCGAACGCAAAGUGGUGAAAGAUGAUGGUCUGAUAGAUGAGGAGAACAUAGAAGAGGAGGAGCUGCCACAGCAAUCAGAAAAUGAAGAAAGUAUAAUUGUCCCUGCCAAUAAAUCCUACACAGUUGCCAUCAUUAAACCAGAUGCUGUUGCUCACGGCAAGGCAAAUGAGAUCAUUAUGAAGAUUCAGGAUGCUGGGUUUGAGAUCCUGGCACACGAGGAACGUACACUGACAGAGGCUGAAGCUCGAGGUUUUUACCGACACAAAGCAGCAGAGGCGUGCUUCGAGGAUUUGGUGCAGUUUAUGUCCAGUGGUCCCUCCCAUAUUCUAGUACUCUCUCAGGUAGAGGGAUCUGCUGGUGUUGUACCAGCAUGGCGUGAGUUCAUUGGCCCAGCAGACAUAGAGGAAGCCAAGACAGAAAAGCCAGAAAGCUUGCGGGCACAAUACGGCACAGACACACUGUUCAACUCAGUGCACGGUAGUGAGGACAGCGACCAGGCCAGCAGGGAGCUCGCCUUCUUCUUCCCCAACUUUCGGACGGCUUCGGUAAUAGAGCAGGAUGGGGAGGAAGAGCAUGUGGAGAGGACACUGGCUCUCAUCCGGCCCGACGUUGCCAGGGAGAACAGAGAAGAGAUCUUAGACUACAUCCACAAAUCAGGCUUCACAAUAGCCCUUCAAAGAGAGGUGAUGCUGUCAGAGGAGCAGGUCAGACAGUUUUACUUCCAACAUGUUGAGGAGGACUACUUCCCUGUACUGCUCCAAAGCAUGACCAGUGGGCCGGUGCUGGCUUUGGCCCUAGCCAGAAAAGGGGCUGUCAAUCACUGGAAAAACAUCCUUGGUCCCUCUGACAUUAAUAAAGCCAAAGAGGAGAGUCCAGGCUGUCUAAGGGUGCAGUUUGCUGUGGAAAAUAAGCCUAUCAACCAGCUACAUGGCAGUGGGAGCGAUGAAGAGGCAGAACAAGAGAUUAGCUUCUUCUUCCCUAAACAGCGGACACUGGCAGUGAUCAAGCCAGAUGCAAUGGAAGAACACAGAGAGACCAUUGUGGAGGAGAUUCAUGGCAGAGGUUUCUCCAUAAUGCGACUAAAAGAGAUGGUGCUGUCAAGGGAGAUGGCUGAGGAGUUUUACAAAGAGCACAGAGAGAAGCCUUUCUUUAACCAGCUGGUGGAGUUCAUGUGUCGGGGGCCUUGUAUGAUGCUUGUCCUCACUAAGGAAAAUGCGGUGGAGGAGUGGAGGGCCAUGAUGGGCCCCACAGACCCGGACAAAGCCAAGGAAACAUCCCCGGAGUCUCUGAGGGCCCGCUUUGCUGCAGACAUCCUCCAUAACUCAGUUCACGGCUCGUCCAGCGAGCAGCAUGCGCAGGAGAAGAUCCAGUUUAUUUUCGGUGACUUCAGCACAGAUGCGGAGCUCACCAGUGACGAUCUCAUUUCAGCUAAAGAGGAAGACAGUGCUGCAGACAAAAACACUGAAAUAACAGGAUCCUCAACUGAAGAAAUUUCCAGUAACAAAGAAGAUGACCUACAAACAGGAGGGAGUGUCGAUCCAGAGCACUCAAACUGAAUCAUCACACCUUGUGUUUUCUCUUCUAUUAUAAGCUUAAUGUGUAAAAUCGUGGGAACGGCAUAGCGGCCGUCACUCGAUGAAUCAUGAAAUAAACGAGAUAAAUAUAUCAGAAUUUUUACACCUUUUGUAGGUGGUGUUUCAAGACGACACAUUCAAGAAGUACUGUAGACAGGGAGUCAUGUCCCCUUAAUACCACUGUCGACAGUUUGAUGGCUCUCUCAGCUCACAGCAGCAGCUGCAGGCUAUGUGACAAAAACCGGGAUAAUACAAUCACCAAAAAGCAACUGAUAAUUUCAGUGUUCACAGAAGCCUUUAGUACGUACUCUGUGCCACUGUCAGUACUGUAGGUGGUCUCCUGUAAUUUACUACCAAGGUACUGUGAUAAUACGAAUAAUAUGAAGGUAGUAUAAAGAAUGUCACUCCUGUUUAUCCAGGGGGUGAAUACAGAGGACUGUAACAGAGAGAUUAGGCUUGAGUUUUCUUUUCCUGUUCCCUUAAUUGUUACAGGAUAUUGUUUUAACAAUGGGGCAUAAAUUACAUACGGAAGCUACCUAAAUGAGCUGCAUGAAUGAAGAAAAUAUCAAGUUAUAAAAGCUACAUAAUUGCCAGUAUUUAGAAUUCCUUGUAUAUCAUUUGAAAAAAAGGAUUUGAGAAUUCAACCACUUUGCAGCCCCCAGGACUGAAAAUUUUAGGCAAUGUGGAAAUGCCAAAAACUGCAGUUCUUCUUACGGCUAGGCCUUCCUCUUGAAGGUGGCUCCAAAACCAAAUAAAUACCCAUAGAUUGCCAUAUUAAAAUGCUUAACUUCAGCCAAUUAAAUAACAUGCUUGCAGCCUGGUAUGAAAAGUGGUUUUGUCCCCCUCUAGCUCUGCCACAGACUGGCAACCUGUCCUGAGUGUACCCCACUUCUCACCGUAUGACAGUUUGAAUUGGAUGAUCUGUUAAGAAAAUGGAUGGAUGGAGAGCUAAUGUCCCUUUUCAUAGCAAGUACGCAAGGGCAGUGGGGAACUAAGGUUAAGUUCAUGCAUU